GAGCGGAGACAGGCCCUCGGGGUGGAGGUGAGGAGAACCGAGGCCGCGUGGGCUCCAGGCCCGGAGAGCGGUGGGCCACGGCCGAGCAUAGUGCCAGGCGGGAGGCGGCCCUAACGGAGGCUCUGUGGGCAGAGAGCAGGCUACUGGGGCGCGGGCCGGGCGGGGCGCGGCGGACCGGGGCCGCUGGCUCCCGCCGGGACCCACCCCGGGCCACCUCAGGCGAUGAAGCCGCAGCACGGCGGGGCAAGUGGCCUCCGGGCGCGGGCCGCGACCUCCCCCGCCGGCGUGUGGACCGCACUGUCCUCCCAGGGGUCAGCUAGAAAGGAGAUCGGUUCUAGGGAAGUUGAAUCCUCGAACCCCACACCCGUCCCCCUCCCGCCCCUGCCUUCCGGAAUUGCUGUGGAGCAUCAGGCCAGUCCUCCUCUCCUUACGGCCGACGGAGGGUGCCCUGCGUGCAAUUCAAAACGGAGAAGCGAGGAACGAAACGGGCUCUGUACUGGCUGUCAAGUCUUUGGUUUCAUAAGAGCCUGAGAGAGAUUUUUCUAAGAUAUGUGUAACACACCAACUUACUGUGACCUAGGAAAGGCUGCUAAGGAUGUCUUCAACAAAGGAUAUGGCUUUGGCAUGGUCAAGAUAGACCUGAAAACCAAGUCUUGUAGUGGAGUGAUGGAAUUUUCUACUUCUGGUCAUGCUUACACUGAUACAGGGAAAGCAUCAGGCAACCUAGAAACCAAAUAUAAGGUCUGUAACUAUGGACUUACCUUCACCCAAAAAUGGAACACGGACAAUACUCUAGGGACAGAAAUCUCUUGGGAGAAUAAGUUGGCUGAAGGGUUGAAACUGACUCUUGAUACCAUAUUUGUACCGAACACAGGAAAGAAGAGUGGGAAAUUGAAGGCUUCCUAUAAACGGGAUUGUUUUAGUGUUGGCAGUAAUGUUGAUAUAGAUUUUUCUGGACCAACCAUCUAUGGCUGGGCUGUGUUGGCCUUCGAAGGGUGGCUUGCUGGCUAUCAGAUGAGUUUUGACACAGCCAAAUCCAAACUGUCACAGAAUAAUUUCGCCCUGGGUUACAAGGCUGCGGACUUCCAGCUGCACACACAUGUGAACGACGGCACUGAGUUUGGAGGUUCUAUCUACCAGAAGGUUAAUGAGAAGAUUGAAACAUCCAUAAACCUUGCUUGGACGGCUGGGAGUAACAACACCCGUUUUGGCAUUGCUGCUAAGUACAAGCUGGAUUGUAGAACUUCUCUCUCUGCUAAAGUAAAUAAUGCCAGCCUGAUUGGACUGGGUUAUACUCAGACCCUUCGACCAGGAGUCAAAUUGACUUUAUCAGCUUUAAUCGAUGGGAAGAACUUCAGUGCAGGAGGUCACAAGGUUGGCUUGGGAUUUGAACUGGAAGCUUAAUGUGGUUUGAGGAAAGCAUCAGAUUUGUCCCUGGAAGUGAAGAGAAAUGAACCCACUGUGUUUUGGCCUUAAAAUUCUUCUGUGAAAUUUCAAAAGUGUGAACUUUUUAUUCUUCCAAAGAAUUGUAAUCCUCCCCACACUGAAGUCUAGGGGUUGCGAAUCCCUCCUGAGGGAGGCGCUUGAAGGCAUGCCUGGAAGUUGUCAUGUUUGUGCCAUGUUUCAGUUCAGUUCUGCAGUGUUAUUAAAUGUGUUCCUCAGCGACAGUGUAGUGUCAUGUUAGAGGAGACGAUCUGACCCUCCAGUUUGUACAUCACGUCCUGCAUGUCCCACACCAUUUUUUCAUGACCUUGUAAUAUAUUGGUCUCUGUGCUAUAGUGGAAUCUUUGGUUUUGCAUCAGAGUAAAAUAAAAUAAACCCAUCACAUUUGGAACAUAACUGCU